AUGACUUUACAAUUAACAAAAUCUAAAAGUUCUAUCAAAUUAAAUGAAAAAUUAUCAAUCAAUUAUAUUCAAAAAGUUUACGGCAUCUCUGUUUCUUCCAUAUUAUAUAUUCGCAAGAUAUUUCCUGAGAAUGCAUUCGAAAAAAUAAAAGAUAAAAGUAUGGAUCUGAACGUUUUAAUAGCUGAUGAACAUGAUCCGAAUGCUUAUUAUGUUUAUAAAAUGAUGCAAGGUUGUUAUGAUGCCAUCAAAAAGAAAUAUUUAAAAAAAGUCAUAAUGGGUUUCUAUAUAGAAGAGGACAUAGCAAAAAAUUUUAUAGAAUACUAUAUAUUCCAAUUUAGUUCUAAUAAUAAAAUGCAAGUAAAAAUUAAAAAAAACAAAAAUGUUGAUAAACUAACUUCUUAUAAAUCCGAUAAUCCAUUAAAUCUUAUACAAUCUUUGGAGAAAUUAAAAAAUAUUUUUAUCAAAUUGCCUAGAAAUACCCGAGUAUCUAUGAGAAUUUUUUAUUAUGAGGAUAUAACACCACUUGAUUACCAAGCUCCUGGAUUUAUUUCUACGAGGGAUUUCGACAAAUUAUGUAAAUUAAAUCAAUUAAAAAUAGGACAAAUGACAACAAAAUGGCAUAUGUUAUCGUUAAAUGUGUUUACAAAUAGAAAUCUUAUGCAGGAUAUAGAGAUUGCUUCAACGAACAAAAAUAUUUCGACAUUCUUGGAUUAUGAAAGUGAUCUAAAUUCUCCACUUCCUCUUGCAAAGGAUCAAACUUGUAGUAACUAUGAUGAUGUUAAUGUCUAUAAUAUACAAUGUCCUUGCCAAAUAAAGGAUAUAUUAGAAGGAAAUAUGUUAGUAUGCAACAUUUGCAGGAAAUAUCAACAUGGUGCUUGCCACAAAAAUUUAGAUAUAUCGACUAUUCAAAAUCAUACGUGCAUAAAAUAUGGAGACGAAUCUUAA